AUGGCGAAGAAUUUACAUAAUGCUCUUAAACGACAACCUAUCAAGACCAUCGUGAUCUGGUUAGAUAGCAUGGUGGUACUUUACUGGUUAACCAAUCCAGGGAAACCUUGGAAAACGUUUGUUUCCAAUCGAAUCAAGAAGAUAGCUGAGAUAACCAGCGAGCUCGGUAUCGUUUGGAAGCAUUGCCCGUCAAAUAAGAAUCUCGCAGAUCUAGGCAGCAGAGGAGCAACCAUGGAAAGAUUGCAAAACGGAAGCUGGUUCAACGGUCCAGAUUGGUUAUUAGAAAAAGAACAAUGGCCAGAACAACCAAUUUUAAGAGUAACUACAUCUGUCAGUCAAGAAUACAAACCGAUUAAAGAGCAAGCACUGUUUACGAAAGAACGAGAGCCAGACGAAUGGGACGCUUUGCUAGAAAGAAAUACAUACUGGCGUACACUGCGAGUAACAGCGUGGGUGUUGAGAUUUCUAAACAACUGUUUGGCAAAAGUUCGUCGAAACCAGAAACAGUCGGGACCACUUGUAAGCGAAGAAAUUAGUGUCGCAAGAUACGCUUGGAUAAGAAGAGUACAACAAAGUGUCAACCCUGAAUUACAAGCGCCUGGAUGGAGAAUCGUUGAAGACAAAGUAACGAAAGUUCUCAAGUGUAAAGGAAGAGUAAAUGGAUACGAGCCAAUAUACCUUGACGGAGGACUGUUCGUAGAAAAGCUAAUAGCACACACACACAGCAAGAUCAAGCAUUUUGGUGUCGCAAAUACCAUGGCUGCGUUGAGAGAACAAUGGUGGAUACCACAACUUAGAUCAAAGGUGAAAAAAUUAAUCAACAGUUGCAAUAUCUGCAAGCUGUAUUCCACGAAGCCCUAUGGGUCACCGCUAACGAGCAACAUGCCCAGCUUUAGAACCGAAGCUAGCGAACCAUUCGAAGUCACCGGCGUCGACUACGCCGGCCCGUUAAAAUACAAGAUCAGUAAGAGAAGAAGGAAAGUGCUACGUUAA